AUGUUGCCAAAAAGCCUGCUUCUCGCGCUGUUUGGAUGCACAGCCGUCCUCGCUGCUCCCAUGGAACACCGCCUCGAGGACAUCCAAUGCCGCUGCCUCUCCUUCUCUACAAGCGCCAAACCCACGCUCUGCACCUAUCUGGAAUCACACGGACUGGACUGGGACACGGCCUACUCGCUCGCGUCGGACAAUAAUCUGCAAAUCCAGUUCGCAAGCCAAGACACCAUUUCCAAGGUCCUCGAGAUCCGGAAGCCUUUGCCCAGCAGUAUGCUGCACGUCUUGAGCUACGGACCAGCUGGGCCGCCAGACUCGACGAGUCUGAUUCAGACCGAGCACAAGAUGGUUUGCGGACUCGGCAAAGAGGCCAAGUACAUGGGCCGUCUCGACAUGGACCUUGGCUCAGAAGCGCACUACGUUGGUGUGGUGGUUGCGGCGUUCAUGUUGUUCCUAUGCGCCUACCUUUUGGGAGAGUACGCUUGGACGAGGUACUUUGGCCCCCGUGGAGGAAACAUCAAGCUGGAAGGAGACGAGAAGGCCUUGACCGCUGCUGCCGCUGCAGCUGCUGAGAAAGACCACGUCGACGACGCCACCUUCACCGGCUUCUCCUGA